GACUUCGACACAAAAGUACAGGCCACAAAAUACUGACAUAAAUUCCAUUCCCCCUUCUCUCUCUCCCACGCUCUCCCUCUCUCUCUCUCUCUCUCUCUCUAUUCUCCUUUCUGAUUUCAACAUUUGAAUGAAGCAGUAAUAGUCACGAAAGAAAGGUCUCAAAGAAUAUCUUUUCAUUAUGUCUCCCGCCGCCUUCCAUCCUAUUGCGAAAACCUCGUUCGAGGAUCGAGGAUCGAAUACAAAGCACCCCUUAACAGCCUACCUCCUUCGUCUCAUGACCCUCAAGCAAUCAAACCUCUGUGUCAGCGCCGAUGUUUCUACUGCCGGCGAACUUCUCCGAUUGGCAGAUUCUGUCGGUCCAUCCAUCGUCGUCUUGAAAACCCAUUAUGAUCUCAUCAACAACUGGGACUACAACCCAACAACAGGCACAGGAGCGCGCCUCAACCGACUCGCACGUCGUCAUGGAUUCCUUAUAUUCGAAGACCGGAAAUUCGGGGACAUUGGAAAUACUGUGCAAUUACAAUACACCGAAGGCACUGCCAAAAUUAUCGAGUGGUCGCAUAUCACAAAUGUUAACAUGAUACCUGGGAAAGCCAGCGUGGAUUCUUUGGCCGAAGCAGCAGCACGAUGGAGAGAGCGCAAACGUUAUGAAGUCAAAACGAACAUAUCUGUUGGAACCCCCCGACCUGAAAGCAUUGAAAGCGACGAAGAUCAAAUCACCACUCCUAUAAACCUAAACAGCAAUUGCAAUGAAGUCACAGAUGGUUCACAUGGAUUAGAAGCACACGAUGAGGCGAAUAUUGGACGAAAAGCUAGUAUCGUUUCUAUUACCACCGUGUCGCAACAUUUCGAACCGGCCAACUCACCACGCUCGCGCAUCGAUUUCGACAUUGAGGAAGAAUCAUACCCGGGAAUUGAUGAGGCGCCUUUGGAAAGAGGUCUUUUGAUAUUAGCACAAAUGAGCAGCGCGGGAAAUUUCAUGACGAGGGAUUAUACGGAUGCAUGUGUAGAGAGUGCGAGGGAACACAAAGAAUAUGUCAUGGGUUUUAUCUCGCAGGAAACAUUAAAUACGGAUCCGGAUGAUGAUUUUAUUAGUAUGACUCCAGGAUGUCAAUUACCGCCUGAGAAUGAUGAGGAUGCCGAGGUGGCGGGGGAUGGAAAGGGGCAACAGUACAACACUCCAUCGAAAUUGGUAGGGUUAGGUUGUGAUAUUGUCAUUGUAGGAAGAGGUAUCAUUCGCGCUGAAGAUCCAAAGUGGGAGGCGGAGCGAUACAGGAGGAAGGCUUGGGAAGCAUAUCAAGAGAGGAUUGGAGCUUAGGGAAGGAAUCGAAGAAGCAAAGCGAGCAUUAGGCGAACGAAAGGUUGAUCGGAGCUUGCUAAGGAAAUAAUUCAUUUACAGGAGUACAAAGACGAGAUGUUUGUCGAUCAUGUUGCACAAGGAGCAUAUUGGUAGCAAGAAAUGAUAAAAAGAGAGUUGGAAAUUUCCAUAUAUAGCUUAUCUCUUAAUUUGAGAGAUUCAAGUUAGAUACCCGUUAAAAAAUAUGUUUUUGUUUGCUUCUUGAUAUCUGUAACAUCUCUCCUAUUUUGUGUGAGCUGCAAUUGUAAUCAUCUC